GAGCCGCGCUUUUCCCUUGACUCUCGGUCGUCUGAGGCUCUUCACUCACCGCAAGCUCCAAUUCACACUUACCAAAGGUUUACUUUGAAGAAAACAUUCUCUGACACGGAAGCUAGCGUGUCGAUCUGUAAUUUGUCACGGGCCUCAAUUUGCAAGGGGGUAAAUCUCAAGUGAAUCAAAGCUGGUUAUGGAAGGCAAACUGAUGUUAGGAGAACGACUGGACGACGCCUCAGUGCAUGCUCAACAACCAGUUUUGUGCCAAAGGUGCCAACAUGUAGUCGAUACCCCCUAUAUUCGUCCGCUCCAAACAAUCGAACCUCGAUUUCUCCAUAACGAUUACAUACCUUCUAAAGUGGAGAUGUCCGAAUUGAAAGAUCUGUUGAAGGAAGGAGAGAGGGAGCUCAAGCGUUAUGAGGUGGACAUGGCACUGUUGCAGCAAACGCUGGAACAGCUGGGAAAUGCAAAGAGUGCCGUGGAGCCCACGACCAGGCAGUGUCGAGCUGCUAUUUCUGCUCAACGGAGGGUACCAGUGGAGAUCUGGGAGAUGAUUUUCUCCACGUUAUGCUUGUCGCUUUGCGAAUAUUCAUUCGACGUUAACUACCGGUCGCAUUCUCCGCUCCUUGGACUCCCUGCGACAAUUAUAUCUCAAGUCUGCUCCCACUGGAGGACGAUUGCUAAGGGAUUGUCGAAGCUUUGGUCUUCCAUCACCGUCAAUCUCUCAGAACCACCUUAUGACGUCGGUUUACCUCUCGAGGUCUAUUUUUCGAAUUCAGGAGAUUAUCCUUUGAAACUACAAAUUGAAGGCGAUGGACCUACCCUGGAGUCACCAUGGUGUGUGGGUUUAUGGGAAUCAUUAUCCAGACACAUCCACAGAAGCCGGGAACUCACCAUGGCGGUGGAUGGCGGCGACCGUAUUGGAAAUCUUCCCCCUGUUCAACAAUUGACCUUUCCUAAACUUGAAUUGUAUCACGAAGAAUAUCCCUCGCCCGAUGUAUUGGUCUGGCCCUGGUUUUGGCAGGCCAUUCAGAAGUCACCAAAACUCGCCGUGUUCUCUAGCUACCACAUAAAUCAUACUAUACCCUUUCCUCAGCUAACAGCUUGGGAAGUUCCAUAUAUCGGGUGUUCUGAUGACGUGGAUUUCUUCCUCGAUGUAGCACGGAACUGUAAGGCCCUCGAAUCCCUUGCGUUGGUCAAUAUCUCGAGUGAUGUUGCCAGUUUCCCUGUGGCCUCUCGGGAGGUGAACUUGCCCUCCCUUCGUGAAUUUUCGGCCACGGCCGAUCAGGACGACUACAGUUGGUUACCCAGUAUCUUUGGCUCCCUCGUCAUGCCCUCUCUCGAGGCAUUCCAUAUCGAUUAUGCAUGGCCUCUACCUUCUACGUUUCUCGACAUGGUUCGACGAUCCUCGAUUUCGCUCAAACAGAUAAGGCUUAGACUAGAGCAACAGGAUCCAACCUCAUUCAGUGGCUCUCCACUUCUGCUCGAUAUCCUGCAAGCUGCCCCCAAAUUGACUCGUUUUUCGUUUACCUUGACCAGAGCGUCGAGCACCACAAUUAGACGCUACACAGCAGUUGUCGAUGACAUGGUCUCCGCCCUCCUUUCCAAAUUCGAAGACGGGUCUCCUGAUUUUCUCCCACAGCUUGAGUAUCUCUCCCUCGAACUUCCGUAUGUCACGCUGAACACGCAACUCGUGAAGCGCAUACUGGAGGUGGUGUCUGCAAGGCAGCGUACAUUCCAUCCUUUGGCGGAGUUUCGUUUCGUGCGUCUUUAUGGGGGCUCACAGUUCAAGUCGGAGAGAUUGGUCGUGGAGCCAGAACUGCUCGAAAGAAUAAGAAUACUUGAUGAAGGUCGUGUCAAAGUCGUCAUUCGGGACCGUGCUUGACCCCAGCAUUAGUAUGUACAUAACUUACCUGUAAAGUAGAGUAGAUUUCCAGGUUCUAUUCAACCGACAUUCACCCUUUUGUCGUGCCGUAGCAGCCUUGUAGCGACUCCGGCGUCCGCAGCGCCCCUUGUGCUUGAAUCACCACCAUCAUCCACGCGUUCUCUGC